AUGAUUAUAUCAUCUUACGCUCGUUCCUGGAUUCUAUUAGCACCUUUGGUUCCUUCUAUUAUGAUCACUAUUUUUGUUCUCUACCACUUAUUGAAGAAUCGAGUAUUGCGUUCAGCUCUCAAUAAUCAUGUGAUUAUUGUUCUUCUCUUUGUUGUGCUUGUAGAAGAACUUACCGGAACUGUGUGGAACAUAUACUUCUUUCGGAAUAAUAUUAGUCCGCUAUUGACGUCAACAUUUUGUUAUGCUUGGGUGUAUUUGGAUACAGUAGCGACCGUAUCAAUCUAUAUUUUAAUUACUUGGGCAGCGAUCGAACGUCAUAUUCUAAUCUUUCAUUCCAAUAUGCUAAUGACAAGAAAAAAACGUCUCAUUUUUCAUUAUCUACCUAUCGUAGCAUGCAUUCUAUACCCGAUGACAUUUUAUUUUGUCCUAUUUUUUCUUGUACCUUGUAAUCUUCCAUUGUCAUAUACACUUAGACAAUGUGGUCGUUACUCAUGCAUUAUUAGCUCACCAAAUAUCGGAUUGUAUGACGGCUUGGUACAUUACAUUUUGCUUGCGUUUGUUACUGUUAUAUUUAGUGUGGGCCUUUUUCUACGUGUGUUACAUCAAAAAUAUCAAGUUCAUCGGCGAUUUAUUUGGAGAAAUUAUAGAAAAAUGGUAUGGCAACUAUUUCCGAUCGCUCUUCUUUACAUGCUGUUGCAACUACCACCUAUGUUAUUAUAUGCUGCGUAUUCAGCUGGCUUAUCACGAACCGUGGGAGCAGAUUUUUUUUCUAACUCGUUAUUUUUCAGCUUUUACAUAGUACUGUUAACCCCAUUUGCAUGUGCAGCAUCACUACCUGGAUUACGGACGAAAUGUCGAGAUGCCUUAUUGUUUUGGAGAAGAGGACAUACCAUCGGACCUGUACAAGUAGUAGCUGCGACUCCUGCUAACGUUCAGCGAGCGAAUGGAAACGCGACGACCCCUGUUUAA